GGUGGGAGCAUAUACAUGUGAUUCUGAAACCUUCCUUGCCACCUCCCUCAUUAAACUGAACAGCGUGAGUUUAAAAGUUUACUAUGCAUUAUUCAGGGAUGGCAACUUUCAUUCUGGUUAUAGUUAAAAGCAUCAUGAAUCCUUUAAAAUCUUAGUUAAAACUCUUCAUGUAUUUCUAAUCGCAACAUAUUUGGUCGCUGUGAGUCAAGAUAGUAUAUUUCCUAAAAUGAUGCAGAAUUAUCUAAGUAAUAAGAAAAUCCUUCCCUAGACAGUUCAGUGUUUCACCUUUCCUUCCUUUACUCAUCUUUAAUUCCUCCCCAUUUCCAAUUGUGUUGAAGUGUUUAUAUGAAAACAGAACACACAUGGGAACUCUGAAGAAACUGACUCACUCAUCUUUUAAGUUGCAGGGUAUUUAUUUUUACAGUAUAUAAUAUAUGUUAUAAAGUAAUAAAUAUUUUAAUUUUUUAAGGAUAUUGAACUCUAGUGUCUCUUAAAGUGGGCUUUUACAACUUACUGCUACUGAUGGUGGCACUUAAUCAUAGGAGAAGGUGGUACUAAAAUAGUUCAAGGAUAAAAUCACACAUGGGGUAGUUCUCAAACAAUAGGCCACUAUUUCAUUUAUACACAUAACCUGUAAACUUGAAGUUAUGAACCAAUAUAAUGGUAAAGAAAUCUGACAACAUAGCAGUUAAGAUGGAUGGCCAUUAUUUCACGUUUGGGCCUAGGAAUACAUUUCCUUUCCUGAAUAAACCAAUAAGGCUAUUCCAGUGAGAAACAAAUGGAAGCGAAAAAUAAGCAUUUGCCUUAGAAGCACUGACCGAAAAAGCAGUAUUCCCCAUUAAGAAACCCAAAAGGAACUCUGAAUUCUUCGACUAGCAAUUAGCACGCAAGCAUCUCAUCUGACAGAAUAAGGAAGCAGAGCCGGGGAAGGGACUGGUGGUUUAAUGGCACUGCCCCUGGUGGCGAAGGGAGAGGCUUCCAUUUCUCACCAGGCUUUCUCCGCUUCCGUCGCAGGCCCGACCCCGACCACGUUGUUUUGAGGCCAAGCCCACCGCUCCGGACUGAGCACAGUGGGCGGGCGUGGGCUGCCAGCAAGUCCCUCGCCUGCAGGCCUUCCUGUCAAUGCCACCAAAGUGUUUCGGGCUCUGAGGUCCUUAGCUUUCCCUAAGGUGGGAAAACGAUACAUUGUCCAGGGGCGACUUUUUCUUUUUCUUCUGCUCUGAGCAGCCGUUUGACCCUCUGGCGGACUGCGUUCCCCGUGCCCCGGCGCCAGCUGUGUUCCUGACCCCAGAGUCAGUCAGAGCCGCACGGGGCCUGGCAGGCUCCGGACCCAUUUCCUGUCGCGGCCUAAGGGAAGCUGUUUGCCGCCAGGCCCGGGUGGGGACGGCUGGAGGCUGAGGGCCGGCGGGCGCGGGGCCGAGCCAGCUGUGGGGGGCGGGGACGGCGCUCCCGGGACAGCUCCGCGCCUUGGGGCGGGACAGACCCAGGCUGGGAGCAGCGGGGCACGCGGGGCCCCCAAGAUGAGGCCGGCGCUCGCCCUGUGCCUCCUCUGGCAGACGUUCUGGCCCCGGCCCGGCGGGGGCGAGCACCCCACGGCCGACCGCGCGGGCUGCUCGGCCUCGGGGGCCUGCUACAGCCUGCACCACGCUACCAUCAAGCGGCUGGCGGCCGAGGAGGCCUGUACCCUGCGCGGCGGCGCGCUCAGCACGGUGCGCGGGGGCGCCGAGCUCCGCGCGGUACUCGCGCUCCUGCGGGCAGGCCCGGGACCCGGAGGGGGCUCCAAAGACCUUCUGUUCUGGGUGGCGCUGGAGCGCCGGCCAUCCGACUGCACCCUGGAGAACAAGCCGUUGCGGGGUUUCUCCUGGUUGUCCCGCGACGUCAGCGGGUCGGAAAGCGACACGCUGCCGUGGGUGAAGGAGCCCCAACGCUCCUGCACGUCUCGGAGUUGCGCGGGACUCCAGGCCACCGGGGGAGUUGAGCCCAGAGGCUGGAAGGAAAUGCGAUGCCGCCUGAGAGCCAACGGCUACCUGUGCAAGUACCAGUUUGAGAGCUUGUGCCCUGCGCCGCGCCCCGGGGCCGCCUCUAGCUUGAGCUACCGCGCUCCCUUCCAGCUGUACAGCGCGGCGCUGGACUUCAGUCCCCCCGGCACCAAGGUGAGUGCGCUGUGCCCGGGGCAGCUCCCCAUCACAGCCACGUGCCUCGCGGACGAGGUCGGCGCCCGCUGGGACGGGAUACUCUCCGGGGCCGCGCUCUGUCCCUGCCCCGGGAGGUAUCUCCGUGCUGGCAAAUGUGCAGAGCUCCCUGACUGCCUAGACGAAUUCGGAGGCUUUGCCUGCGAGUGUGCUGAGGGCUUCGUGCUGGGGAAUGACAGACGCUCUUGUGUAACUAAUGGGGAAGGACAGCCUACCCCUGGGGCAACCAAGGUGCCCGCCAGGCACCUGCCGGCCACUGCAGCCAGCCCCUUGCCGAAGAGAACGCGGUCACCCAGGGUCCAUGAGAAGCCAGGAGAAAUACCCCAUGUCCCGGCACAAGGCAGUUCAGCAACAUCUAUUCCCAAGAUUCCUCAGUGGGGAGCACAGAGCACGACAUCUACACUUCAAAUGUCCCCUCAAGCCAAGUCACAGGCCGCCAUCACCUCUUCAGCAAGCGUGAUCUCCAAGUUUAACUCCACGUCUCCCUCCACUGUUCCCCAGGCUUUCGAUUCCUCCUCCACCGUGGUCUUCAUCCUUGUGAGCAUAGCGGUAGUAGUGCUGGUGAUCUUGACCAUGACAGUACUGGGGCUUUUCAAACUCUGCCUCCACAAGAGCCCUUCCUCCCAGCCGAGAAAGGGGGUUUUGGUCCCUCGGGGUGUGGAGGGUGAAGCAGAGGCCCCUGCUUCUCGCUCCAGUUCUGCACAUUGCACAGACAAUGGGAUGAAGGUCGGGGACUGUGGUCUGCGGGACAGAGCAGAGGGCACCUCAUUGACAGGGUCGUCUCUUGGUUCUAGCGAAACAUAAGGAAACGGGACACUGAGCACUUCUUGAGAGCAGUUUUUCAGUGUGAAGGGAAAAGAAAAGAGGAACUUGUUUGUGGACCUGAUGAUUCCUACAGAAAUCCCCCUUCCCCUAAAUUUCCUCUGCUCCACUGAGGAGUUAAAUCUGAACCGGACACUCAUUCCCUGCAAGUGGAAGAGGGUGGAAGUGCCUUAGGGUACAUAGUACUGGGGGCCGGGAUCCUGCUGGGGAGAAGUAUUUUCUUACAUUUGUUCUGCGGGGUUUGGACAAGUGGUUGAACUUUUUAAGACACUGUAAACAAAUAGAAAACUACAAUUUAAAAAAAAUUUAUUUUUUUAUCGAAAUGGAAAGGCAACCUUUCAUGUACAUUGUUCAGGCUGGGAAUAUGUUGGUUUGAAAUUCAAAGGCAAAAAAACAAAAGGUUGUUGAUAAAGCAGACUCAAAUAUCAUUGGUUUCCUGGAGGAGUGAUUAUACAGGGAGAAGAGCUGAGAGGCUAGUGGGAGUAGCAACAAGAGCACAUCCUACAUUUAGACUGAAGGGGAAAUCUUCAAGUCCUUGUAAUAAGGAGUAGGUCUUUAAGAACUAGUAACUUUGUCCUUGGUUCUUUCAUACUUCGAAAGUCACUGCUACUUGUGUGCUCUGCUAUAAAUCCAAACUGUAUUGAUGCCAGAGUUGCUGGCUCCAGAAUCAAAUUAGAGUUGACCGCCAAUUCAAGUGUUAACUGUGUCCUUGCUCAAGGAAACAAAUGAUUUGUGUUUUCCUCUUCCAGUGUUUAUGCUCUCCAAUGUAACGACCUCCCCAACCAAAUAGCUCUCUUCUAAACAUCAGGAUGCUGAUCCUCACUUCCAAUUAUGGCAAUGUUAAAUUUCAAUUAAAACGUUAAUGCUAAGUAUUGAUUUGAAAUCUCCUGGGUGCAUUAAAGCAAAAGUAAGCUGGAUUUCCUCAAAAGUUGCUAGGUUCUUGUGCACUGUUGAAUCCAGGGAAAAAUUUGAAUUCCAUGCCAUUUCCUAAACCCCGCUAAUGAAAAUGUGUUCAGGGACCACACAUGCCCAUCUUGGAAUGAUUACAAUUUAACAAGAGUCUACAUGGACAAAGAUGUGGCAAACAGCUUUCCAUGGGAUUUAACAGUACAAGAAAUAAGUGGUGAAUACAAGUAUCUAUCAUUUGUUGGACUUGGGGUAUCAGGAAGUAACCUAAAUGAAGAAGAAUUCCUCUAAAGACAAUUAAGAUGUAAUAAUAAUCAUCAUCACUAUCUAGAAGAAUUGAGACCCCCAGAAAAAUCACACUUCUACUAGUAUACUAAGACUUUAAAACUAAGUGUGUAGGGGUUGGUGCAUAGAAAGAGGUAGAGAAACAAGCUGAGUAACCAGGAAGAAAGAAAAUGGUAGGUAAUUUACACUGUAUUUUCAUAGAACCAUUUUGAUGUUCUUAAGUGUGCAAUGUAUAAUAUGUAUUUUUUGUAAUAUAUAUGGUAUAUUUUUUAACAAUAAAGGAAUAAAUUAAAAGGUAA